AUGGUUCGACUGCGCCGAAUGCCACCUCGAACAAGAAACCCACCCGCUCACCAAAUCCACCGAAAUGGUAUUCCCACACCCACAACCCCCGCUACCCGCAAAAUCAGCCUAGAUCUAAACCGUUAUCCCCAGACAUUCGCCUGUAAAAAGUGCAAGAAGUGUUUCCGGAAGGACGCGACGGAGUUCGAUGAGAGUGACGAGUACUGCCCGCACUGCGAUAACCAUUUUGUGAUCGACGCUGUGACGCCCAAGGCUGCGUUGCAGGUUGAGGGUGAUGAUGCUCGGAUUGAUUCUAGAAUGAUCAAGGACGACCGUGUACGGGAACACAAGGAAAAGUCGAUAUUCAAUUUCAAGGAUAUAUCGGAUCGGCUAGGCUGA